UGAAAGACUUUGAGACACCUUAGCACUACUGCACCCCCCAUCCUGGGAACCAGGCCUCUAGCAUUAGGAGGCACCUUAGCACUACUGCACCCCCCUUCCUGGGAACCAGGUCCCUAGUAACCAGCCACGCGUGCACGGGAGCUUUGAGUACUUUCCAUCCCCAUUGUAGUCUUUCUCCAAUAGACCCGGACCCUGGAACUGGGGUGAGACGACCUGCAGGUGUUCCUCCUUGUAACCGCCAUAACAUUGAUCAAGUAGAGUUAGCUGACCAUUGUAUGAACUAGUCAAAACAGUUGACAAAUGAUUUUUGGACUUUCCCUUUGAUUCUGUACUACCCCCUCCCUGAAUUUGUGGUUUUUUCCUUUAAAAGAGCUUGUAAUAGACAAAGCAGGGUCCUUCUCCUCUCGAGGCUGAGGGACCUCUGCCGUGGCAGAAUAAAAAUUCCUCUUGCUAUUGCAUCAACCGUGCUGUGAGUGUCUCUUGGGGCGACCUCCUCCUUGGUGGGGCUUUAGGGCCCAACAUUUGGUGCGUUGGCCGGGAAGUGCUGGUCGCCCUCAGACCCAUUCCUGACCCGGUUGGAGGUAAGAGCGCGCUUGUCUGAAUGUUUUAUGUUCGUCUAUUUCUGUUAUUGUGCCUUAUGUUUAUGAUCAUCAGGGAUUUGGAGGAACAUUGUACCUGCGCAGGGCUAGUAUUUGAAAGGGACCAGGCAGUGGGACAGACGUGUCCGGGAACACUCCCUGGCCCAGCCGUGGAGGACGCUUCACAGGCAAUUUGUGAAACUAGGAGCGACCAGGUCAUCUUAGUUUCUAGAGAGUGUGGUUCUUAUCGCCCACUCCCUUCCAGGUUUGUAAUAUCAGUUUUACAUCAGUCUGUUGCCGCGCGGCUCUCGGUCUUGAGUCUGUGUCUGUCAUUUUGUAUUGUUGUUUUUGUCUUUGUGUUUGUUUUUGAGUUGGAAUCUAGUACAAUGGGACAACAAAUAACCACCCCCUUAACUUUGACUUUAGACCACUGGAAAGAGGUUGAGGACAGAGCUCACAACCAGUCUAUGGUAAUCCGAAAGAAACGCUGGCAAGCGUUCUGUUCCGUGGAAUGGCCCACUUUCGGAGUGGGCUGGCCACAGGACGGAACAUUUAAUCUGAAUAUUAUUUUGCAGGUUAAGACAAGAGUCUUUCAGCCUGGCCAGCAGGGCCAUCCUGAUCAAGUUCCUUACAUCGUAACUUGGGAGAGCUUGUCCAGAGACCCUCCGCCCUGGGUCAAACCAUUUGUCCUGCCUGCGGGAGCCGGAAACCCAGUACCAGCUCCCUGGCCCUCCACCACCCCUUUGACUCCGAGGGCGGCAGCAACCCCAACUGCCCCUCCCCUGGACCCGUUGUCCUCUCUCUUCCCCAUGCAGGAGCGACCGAAACAGAAGUCCCAGACCCAGACACCACCAAUCCUCUCUGACAAUCAGUCAGACCUCCUGCUUUUUGACCCUCCUCCUCCUUAUCCCCGGCCUCUUCUGCCCCAGGCCGAGGCAGCCCCCCUCGCGCCUGUUCCUGGGGAACCUGCUGAACCUGAUAUAGACCCUGACAGGCCCCCUAGCCCUGACACGACUGAUACUGCUGAGGGGGGGCCUAACUCGCAGCCAGCAGGCCGGCUGCGGCUCCGCAGAGGGACAUCUGCAAGGGAAAGGUGGACUUCCCAGGCACUACCCCUCCGCUCAAUGGCUGACCAAUUUCAAUACUGGCCUUUUUCAGCCUCUGAUCUUUAUAACUGGAAACUUCAUAACCCCUCCUUUUCCCAGGACCCCCAGGCCCUUACUGCCCUUAUAGAAUCUGUUCUGAUUACUCACCAGCCCACUUGGGAUGAUUGCCAACAGCUUUUGCAGAUACUUCUCACUACAGAGGAGAAACAGCGUGUUUUCCUUGAAGCUCGGAAGAAUGUCCUGGGAGCUGACGGAAGGCCAACCCAGUUGCCAAAUGAGAUAGAGGAUGCCUUCCCUUUGACCCGACCCAAUUGGGACUUCAAUACUCCAGCUGGUAGGGAGCGACUUCGUCUCUACCGUCAGAUUCUGUUAGCGGGUCUCCAAGGGGCUGGCAGACGGCCCACUAAUUUGGCUAAGGUAAGAGCAAUAAUACAGGGGCCUGAGGAAACACCUGCAGGAUUUCUAGAAAGGCUAUUGGAGGGGUACAGAAUGUACACCCCUUUUGAUCCCAUGGCAGCGGAUCGCCAGGCUGAUAUAAUAAUGUCUUUUAUAAGCCAGUCAGCACCUGAUAUUCGUAGCAAGCUGCAGAGGAUGGAGGGACUGCAGGGUUACUCCCUCCAAGAUUUAGUAAAGGAGGCAGAGAGAAUUUUUAACAAAAGAGAGACACCAGAGGAAAAGGAAGAAAGAAGGCGCAAGGAACAGGAAGAGAGAGAGGACAAACGAGAUAAAAAGCGUAGUCGUGAGUUAAGUAAGAUCUUGGCCACAACAGUACGCAGUAUAGAGCAACCUAAGAAGCGCCAGGACAAGGAUAGGGGAGACAAAAGGCGGCCACGAGUGGACCGAGAUCAAUGUGCCUAUUGCAAAGAAAGAGGACAUUGGAUCAAGGACUGCCCAAAACGUCCAGCUGAACCCAAGAAAAAGCCAGUUCCUGUCCUAGCCCUGGAAGACAGUGAUUAGGACAGUCAGGGCUCAGAGCCCCCCCCUGAGCCCCGGGUAACCCUUCUAGUGGGGGGGCACCCUACCACAUUUUUGGUAGAUACUGGAGCCCAGCAUUCGGUCCUCACACAAGCAAAUGGACCUUUGAGUUCAAAAACCUCUUGGGUUCAGGGGGCCACCGGGGGAAAAAUAUACCGAUGGACCACAGAAAGAAAAGUUAAUUUAAACACUGGUCAAGUGACUCAUUCCUUCCUCAUGGUGCCAGAAUGCCCCUACCCAUUGCUGGGCAGAGACCUCCUGUCCAAAGUUGGGGCACAAAUUCACUUCUCAGAAAAUGGGGCCUCAGUUACUGACAAUACUGGCCAGGCUCUUCAAAUUCUAACUUUAAGAUUGGAGGACGAACACAGACUGUUUGAACUGCCUCCUCCCCCGGAGCUGCCCAUCGAUAACAAAUGGCUCCGUGAUUUCCCCCAGGCCUGGGCGGAAACCGCAGGUAUGGGGCUGGCAAGCAAUCAACCUCCUUUGAUAAUAGAGUUAAAACCAUCAGCCACUCCAGUUUCCAUAAGACAAUACCCCAUGAGCCGCGAGGCCCGAGAAGGAAUCAGGCCCCACAUUCAGAGACUUUUAACAUUGGGCAUCUUAAAGGCCUGCCAUUCCCCCUGGAACACACCUCUUCUCCCAGUAAAGAAGCCAGGCACAGGGGACUACAGACCAGUCCAAGACUUAAGGGAAGUUAAUCGCCGCACUCUAGACAUUCAUCCUACGGUGCCCAAUCCUUAUAAUCUCUUAAGUACCCUGCCUCCGACCCAUGUAUGGUACUCAGUACUUGAUUUAAAAGAUGCUUUUUUCUGUCUGAGACUUAGCCCUCAGAGCCAGCCAUUGUUUGCCUUUGAAUGGAAAGAUCCUGAUUCAGGAGUUUCUGGGCAGCUCACCUGGACGAGACUACCCCAGGGAUUCAAGAAUUCUCCAACUCUAUUUGAUGAGGCCCUACACCAGGAUCUGGCCAGUUUUCGCACCGCCAAUCCAGAGGUAAUCUUACUCCAAUAUGUAGAUGACCUCCUGCUGGCCGCAGAGACUGAGCAAAAAUGCCUCAGAGGGACUCGAGCCCUACUCACCAGAUUAGGUGAACUGGGCUACAGGGCAUCUGCUAAAAAGGCACAGAUCUGCAAGAAGCAAGUAGCCUACCUGGGGUACCUCUUGGAGGGUGGACAGAGAUGGUUAACAGACAGUCGGAAGCAGGCCGUGGCACAAAUUCCCCCUCCCAAAGGGGCGCGAGAGGUCCGAGAGUUUCUGGGAACUGCCGGUUUCUGUAGGUUAUGGAUACCGGGUUUCGCUGAAAUGGCCGCCCCACUGUAUCCGCUUACCAAAGCCAACGUCCCUUUCUUCUGGGGAGAGGACCAACAACGGGCUUUUGAUAAAAUAAAAAGGGCCCUCCUUUCGGCCCCUGCUUUGAGUCUCCCUGAUGUCACCAAACCAUUCACCUUAUACGUAGAUGAGAACAAGGGAGUAGCAAAAGGGGUGCUGACUCAGAAACUGGGACCCUGGAAAAAACCAGUGGCUUACAUCUCCAAAAAGAUGGACAAUGUGGUGACAGGAUGGCCCCCUUGCCUCCGUAUGGUAGCAGCUGUAGCUACCCUGGUCAAAGAUGCAGACAAAUUGACUCUGGGCCAACCGCUGACUAUAAUAGCACCUCAUGCUUUAGAGACUAUAAUUCGUCAACCCCCUGAUAGAUGGCUCUCGAAUGCCCGUAUAACCCACUACCAGUCGUUAUUGCUCAACCCUGAACGUAUCACAUUUGGAAAUGCGACGUUACUGAACCCCGCUACCUUGCUCCCCAAUUCGGAACCCACUGUUUGGGUACCUCAUGACUGUCAUCAGAUAUUGGCAGAAUACCACGGGACCAGGGAGGAUUUGACUGAUUGCCGGCUCCCUGAUGCAGAUUAUACCUGGUUCACAGACGGCAGCAGCUUCUUUAAAGAAGGUGAGCGAAAGGCGGGGGCGGCGGUGGUGGAUGGACAAAAUACCAUAUGGGCACAGGCAUUGCCCCCAGGAACCUCUGCCCAGAAGGCAGAAUUAAUAGCCCUGACUAAGGCUUUAGAACUAGCAAAGGGACAAAAAGUAAACAUAUAUACAGACAGCCGUUAUGCAUUUGCAACGGCCCAUGUCCAUGGGGAAAUUUAUAAAAGAAGAGGACUGCUAACUUCUGCUGGAAAAGAAAUUAAAAAUAAGACUGAAAUCCUGGGACUAUUAAAGGCCCUCUUCUUACCCAAGAAGGUGAGCAUUAUUCAUUGCCCAGGACAUCAGAAGGGCAAUGAUCCUAUUGCCAAAGGAAAUCAGAUGGCAGAUGAGAUGGCUAAAAAGGCUGCGCUUAACUCAGAAAUAUUAUCCUUGGCAGAGGCACCACCCUCCACAGAAGAUCAUUUCCAAUAUUCAACCCAGGAUCUAGAGACUAUUCAGAAACUUAAUGCAGACUUUGAUGAACAACAAAAAGCUUGGAAAUAUCAGGGCAAAACCAUGUUGCCCAAGAAAGAUGCUUUUGAACUGGUCACUCAAAUGCAUCGAUGGACUCAUUUAGGACAUAAAAAGAUUAAAUCUCUUAUAAAAAAGACAGAUUUUUAUAUUCCAGGUCUUAACUCACUCAUACAGCAAGUGACAUCAACUUGUGUCCCCUGUGCCAAGGUAAACGCAAAACGGCAAAGUGCCCCAGAGGGCAUAAGAAUAAGGGGAGACCGACCUGGUACUCAUUGGGAAGUGGAUUUUACUGAAAUAAGGCCAGGAAAAUAUGGUAAUAAAUAUCUCCUAGUUUUUAUAGACACCUUCUCCGGUUGGACUGAAGCUUUCCCCACCAAACGAGAAACGGCUCAAAUGGUGGUGAAGAAGAUACUAGAAGAUAUUUUUCCUCGGUUUGGCCUGCCUAAGGUAAUCGGGUCUGACAACGGCCCAGCCUUUGUCUCCCAGGUAAGUCAGGGUAUGGCCAAGACACUGGGGAUUAAUUGGAAAUUACAUUGUGCAUACAGACCCCAGAGUUCAGGACAGGUAGAAAGGAUGAAUAGAACCAUAAAGGAGACUUUAUCCAAAUUAGCUUUGGAAUCUGGCGUUAGAGACUGGGUACAGCUCCUUCCCCUAGCCCUGUUCCGGGUGCGGAACACCCCUUCUCGGCUUGGACUUACUCCCUAUGAGAUCCUAUAUGGGGGGCCUCCCCCAUUGGCCUCCUUUAGGGCCCCUCCUGACCCCGCUACUCACAAACCUGAUUUGCAGGCGCGGCUAAAAGCACUUCAGAUCGUCCAGGCCCAAGUGUGGAGACCCCUAGCUGCUGCCUACCAGCCUGGGCAUCCGGAGAUCUCGCACCCGUUCCAGGUUGGCGAUUCUGUGUACGUGCGGAGACAUCGGUCCCAGAACCUUGAACCUCGCUGGAAGGGACCCUACACCGUGCUUCUUACGACACCUACUGCCCUCAAAGUGGACGGUAUUGCAGCCUGGAUCCACGCGUCUCACGUCAAGCCGGCACCUCCACAGGACGACCCAGAACUUUCCAAAUGGAAGCUUCAGCGUACCCAAAAUCCUCUAAAACUGAGACUAGUCAAGGAAGCCUGAUCCUGUCAAGCUUGCUGUUCUUUGCCCUGGUGUUUCCCUCCACAUAUAGUGCUAAGAACCCCCAUACACCUCAGAACUUAACUUGGACUCUGACUAACUUUGAGACUGGGCAAGUCUUGAGGCUAGCCACUGGAGUUCAUCCCCUAGGUACCUGGUUCCCCCAGCUAAAGUUUGACCUAUGUGCCCUAGCAAAAGACUCUUGGGGAGAUACUGAACGAACUCCCGAGAACUCUUAUCCUACAUGCAGAUAUUCUGAAUGGUAUAUUUGUCCUGGGGGAAGACGAACUUGGCAAUGUGGGGGGGCUGAAGUAUUUUAUUGUGCUGCCUGGGGAUGUGAAACCAGUGUCAGUACCUCCUGGUUGGGGGCUAGCAAAGAAGACUUAGUCACUUUCACUCGUACCACAUCAGGGGAAUCUGAAAUCACAAUCACCUUCAC